AUGGCAUCACCUUCAGCGGUUGGCGCUGCGGCCGAUUCUUCGUCGUCCUCCUCGAGCUCUACCACUACCAUCAACUCGUCGACCACUUCCGGCACGUCGUCGCUAGAGCGCAGCAACAUGAUGCUUCCGUCGGGCUCGUCUUCCUACCUGAACAGCUACGACACGAUCUCCGACCAGCAGCAGCUGCAGUACAGCAAUUCGCUGCCGCACACGUGUCCCAGCAGUCCGCGGAACCGCUGUGCCAGCCCGAGCUGCAGCGAGCUGGAUCCGAUGCUUCAGAAGAGCAAAAACUAUCACCACAAAAGCUACAAACUGUUCAAAAAGCAUCAUCACCAGCAGCAGCACGUACAGAACCCGGUGUCACCGCAGGCGUCAUCCUUUAGCCAGUUUACGCCCACGUUCUGGAGCGCGCAGAGCAAUCGGAGCAGCGUCGUCAGCACCGGAACGCUGGCCUCCUCGAUCGGGUUUGGAAGUAACCACGGUGACGAGUACGGCAGCGCAUCGUCGUCCUACCCGAACUACGGCGGAACGAUCGGUGGUAGUGGCGGUAGCGGAGGAGUUGACGGAGGAGGAACAGGCGCAGGAACCAGCAGUAACAGUCCGUAUGCACAGCGACGGGGCGCGGCCGCAGCUGUCGUCGUCGACAAGCAGCGCUUCUCUAACGUGUACGAGUACAAGUUCAACAACUUCGAUCUCAAUUCGAUACACGAGGACGCCACCAACGAAACAUAA